UGAUUAUCACGUCGGAAAUGUGCACGGCCUCGUUAAGGCGCGGUCGCGCUGGGGCCUUCUAGCGUUACCGAGAGUUUCUGGGGAGGCGACGCAAGUUUCCGUGACACGCGACUCCGCGGUUCCGUCAGCGCCGAAGCAGUCGUGCGCGUUCUGUGACGACGGUCGGCCGAACCACGAAGUAGCGACGCUUACGCCGGCAACCGGCCAGUAGCACACGUGCACCUUCAGACCGAAAGUCAUACAUGAACGUUCCUGGCAAGUCCAAUAUGGGCGUCGUCGACGUCCGCAUCCCCAACGGUCCACUGUACCAGGACAUGGACGGCGUCCUAAGGCUCAGCCGAAACUUCACGGUGGAAAUGCUGCGCUCCGCGCUCAGCUACAAGCCGCAGCCGGAUGACAAGUUCGUCGUCACGUUUCCCAAGUGCGGAACCACGUGGACUCAGCACAUCGGCUUCUUGAUCUUCAACAAAGGCGUGCCCCCGUCCAGCGGGCUGGAGUUCUUCCACAGAAGCCCCUUCAUCGAGAUGAUCGGAGCCAACAGCGUGAGGGACAUGACGCGGCCAGGUGUGAUCAAGACGCAUCUUCCCUACCACCUAAUGCCCAUGCAUCCGCAGGCCAAGUACCUCUACGUCUGCCGCAACCCCAAGGACACGUGCGUGUCUAUGUUCCACCACACGCGAGGCUUCACCGGAUACGACUUCGCCGACGGCAAGUUCGACGACUUCUUCGAGGUCUUCGUCACCGGCCAGACCGACUACGGGGACUACUUCGAUCAUGUCCAGGGUUGGUACGAGCACCGCAGUGACCCGAACGUUCUGUUCCUGCAUUACGAGGACAUGAAGGCCCGGCCGCGAGAGAGCGUGCUCCAGAUCGCCGAGUUCUUCGACAAGACGUACCACAAGUUGUUGCUGGAGAACGAAGACAUACUGCAGAACGUGAUCAAGUACAGCGACGUCAAAUCUAUGCAGGACUACGCCUCGCGGAACUUUGCCAACUUCUUCACGAAACAAAUAGAGAAAAAGGCGCCCGAGGGUCUCAGGGUCUUCCACGAGGUGUCCCAGAAGAACCCUUGCACUGCUAGCUUCAUUCGUAAGGGUAUUGUCGGCGACUGGAAAAAUCAUUUCUCUCCAGAACAAAACGCCAGGCUGGAGAAGAAGACUCUGGAGCGACUGUCCAAUACUGACUUGGUGGACACGUGGCGAAAACACGGUGUGAUGUAGCGAUUUGCGGUAUAAAUCCCCGCAUGUCAUUCAAUAUUUCCUAUCCUUUCAAACUGGGCCAGUCGUAUUUAUAUUCAGAGACACUUUUAUUUGUACUCCUAACUACCCCGUACCUCAACAAUGCGUUUUCUAUUUUCCAGCAGAGGAACCUAUGCCGCUGCACUUGUACACAUCAAUCACGAAAGAUUAACUCGAAUAUGCGGCUGAGCUCGUGACCUAAUAAUUUCCGAGCCAAAAAAAGCUCUUUUGGUGUGUGUUACAACUGCACGAUGCAAAAAGUCAAAGAAUGCACGAGAAACACAGAUGUCCUGAAGUGUUAUCCUUAACUGAAAUGCACACUUAGUUACAAAAAAGAAAAUCAACGUAUACGAAAAGGAUACUUGAAGUACACAUCUACCACACCAUUUUAUGUUGAUGUUUGUACAUAUACUACAAGAGUGAUGUAAUCUGUAUCUCAUAUUGAACAGAAGUACAUGCUUAAGCUCUGCAGGUUAUUCCUGCAGAUGCUGGAAGAUAAUUACGUUUUUUGCGCCAAACGUUUCUUUCUUUUUAGUCUAUCCGGCGCUCGUCUGUGUUUUAUGUGUCUCCUGUCUUCGUCCAAGUCGCGCUGCAUUUAUCCGAGUAUGUACCAACUCGCCCAAGUCAAAGUUUUAUUGGAACAGAUUUCUUCUACAUUGGGCCCCUUUCUAUCCGGCGCUCGUCUGUGUUUUAUGUGUCUCCUGUCUUCGUCCAACUCGCGCUGCAUUUAUCCGAGUAUGUACCAACUCGCCCAAGUCAAAGUUUUAUUGGAACAGAUUUCUUCUACAUUGGGCCCCUUUCUAUCCGGCGCUCGUCUGUGUUUUAUGUGUCUCCUGUCUUCGUCCAAGUCGCGCUGCAUU